CUAGUCGUAACACAUCCUCGAUCAAUUAAUUUUCCACACAUCUAAUCUCUAAAAUGUGUAUUGGAAAACUAAAUGAUCAAUUCACAGUUAAUGUGACCAACGAGGAAGUAGUGUCUGCCAUGCUACCAAUGCAAGAGCAUUGGCUUCCACUAUCAAACCUUGAUUUAAUUCUUCCCCCUGUUGAUGUUGGUGUCUUCUUUUGCUACAAUAAACCUAUGAUUUCUAUUAGCACCACCCAUAACAUUGUGGGGUGUUUGAAAAAUUCCUUAGCUCAAUCUCUUGUUUCUUAUUAUGCCUUUGGUGGUGAAGUGGUUACUAACUCCAUAGGUGAACCUGAGUUACUUUGUAAUAACCGUGGAGUGGAUUUUGUUGAAGCUGUUGCUGAUGUUGACCUACAAUCUCUUAAUUUAUAUAAUCCUGAUGAAACAAUUGAAGGGAAGCUUGUUCCAAAGAAGAAACAUGGUGUACUUGCUGUUCAGGUGACUUGGAUGAGAUGUGGUGGAUUAGUAGUGGCAUGCACUUUUGACCAUCGCAUAGCUGACGCUUAUUCAACAAACAUGUUCCUUGUAUCAUGGGCCGAAAUAGCCAGGCCCAACAACAAGCCCAUGAGCCCAACAACACAACCUUGUUUCCGACGCUCACUUCUCACCCCACGACGUCCAUCUUCCAUCCACCCUUCACUUUAUGAUAUGUAUGUACCAAUCACGGACCUCCCUCCUCCGCCAGAUCCCAAAUUCAAAUCCGAUAUUCAAACCGAUCAAAUUAUUAGUCGUAUAUAUUACGUAACAAACGAACAACUCAACAACAUGCAAUCACUAGCGAACUCAAACAAAACGAAUUUGGAUCCUCUACAACAGUUGCACUCUAAACUCGAGUCUUUCUCCGCUUUUCUUUGGAAGAUGGUUGCGGAAGCUGCUUCAAUAGAUAACAAAAAUGUUAUUGCAAAAAUAGGAAUUGUGGUUGAUGGAAGAAAGAGGCUAAGCAAUGGUGACAAGAACAAGGAAGAGAUUAUGAGUUCGUAUUUUGGGAACGUGAUUUCGAUACCCUACGGUGGUAGAUCAACGGAGGAGCUGGUUGAAAAGCCGUUAAAUUGGGUGGCGGAUCAAGUUCAUGAGUUUUUGGAGACAACAAUGACGGAGGAGCAUUUUCUAGGGUUAAUUGAUUGGGUGGAAGAGCAUCGACCAAUUCCAGGGUUGGCGAGGAUUUAUUGCGGUAGCACUAGUGGAGAAGAGGGACCCACUUUUGUAGUGUCUUCUGGACAAAGGUUUCCAGAAUCGAAGAUAGAUUUUGGAUGGGGAAAACCAUUGUUUGGAUCUUAUCAUUUUCCUUGGGGUGGUGAUGCGGGUUAUGUUAUGCCAAUGCCUAGUCCUAAAAGGAAUGGUGAUUGGUUACUCUACAUGCAUCUUCCUAAGGGAUACUUGCAUUUUAUGGAGUUUCAUGCUCCACACUUCUUUAAACCAAUGUCUUGGGAUUACCUUCUUUCUUAGUUUUUAUGCUGCUUCAUUCUUUUCUUUGUUAAUUGUAUUCUUCGUGUUUAUUAUGGCUUUAUUGUUUAGUAAUUAUUUGAAGUUUGUAGCUUCUUAGUAAUUAUUAAAUACAUACUUUUCUUUUGAAUUUGACAUUAA